UGCUGAAGGCUUUUCUCUAGUUCCUUUUAGGGGGGGAGGAGGAAAUAAUCGCAGUGGGAGGCGACGCCAACCAGCACAUUAUUAAAUGCCCUUGUGCUGGCGGGUGGCUGGGUUUUCGCAAAGCGAGUCUGGUGGAGACAGAGCAGGAGGAGCGAAGCUAUGGAGCCUGGCCCGGGCUGCGGAGCGAGCAGCAGCCACAAACGCCCGGCGGGCAUGAACCUGCUGCUGCUGCACCAGCACCACCAGCUGCCGCCGAUCGCGGGGGUGUAGUGGGGAGAGCAAGUGUCAUGCCGGGGUCCCGGCAGGUGCCUCUGCACGGGAGCCCCCGCGACCCCGAUCGCCACCAGCGCUGGGCCGGCCUCUUCGAGCAGCUGGACACCAACAAGGAUGGGCGCGUGGACAUCAAUGAGCUCCGCGAGGGCCUGGCCCGGAUGGGCAUGGACGCCGGCUCCCACGCCGAGCAGGAUAUCCUACGCGAGGGUGAUAUGGACCAUGACGGGGAGCUUAAUUUUGAGGAAUUUGCACGCUACCUCCAGGAACGGGAGCGCAAGCUGCUGCUGAUGUUUCACAGCCUGGACCGCAACCAUGAUGGCCAGAUUGAUGUGUCUGAGAUCCAGCAAACCUUCCACAGUCUGGGAGUUUAUAUCUCCAUGCAACAAGCAGAGAAAAUCUUGCACAGCAUAGACAAGGAUGGCACCAUGACCAUCGACUGGCAUGAGUGGCGGGACCACUUCAUCCUCAACCCCUUGGAGAACAUGGAGGAGAUCGUUCACUACUGGAAACACUCGACGGUUCUUGACAUUGGUGAGUGCCUCACUGUCCCAGAUGAGUUUUCCGAGAAGGAGAAGAAGACGGGCAUGUGGUGGAAGCAGCUCAUUGCUGGAGCAAUGGCUGGGGCUGUUUCCAGGACUGGAACUGCUCCAUUGGACCGACUGAAAGUAUUCAUGCAGGUUCAUGCCUCCAAGAGCAACAGCAUGAAUGUGUUAGGUGGGCUGCAGGGAAUGAUACGUGAAGGAGGCAUCCGCUCCCUUUGGCGAGGCAAUGGCAUCAAUGUGCUCAAGAUUGCCCCUGAAUCUGCAAUCAAGUUUAUGGCCUAUGAGCAGAUCAAGCGGGUGAUUCGUGGGCAGCAGGAGACACUGAGGGUGCAAGAAAGAUUUAUUGCGGGCUCGCUGGCUGGUGCCACCGCACAGACCAUCAUCUACCCCAUGGAGGUUCUGAAAACACGGCUGACGCUUCGCAAGACAGGCCAGUACUCAGGGGUGGCUGACUGUGCACGGCAGGUCAUGCGGAAGGAAGGGCUCCUUGCCUUUUACAAGGGCUACCUGCCCAAUAUGCUGGGCAUUAUCCCCUAUGCCGGCAUUGACUUGGCAGUUUAUGAGACCCUGAAGAACACCUGGCUGCAGAAGUAUAGCAAGAACACAGCUGACCCUGGCAUUCUGGUGCUCUUGGCCUGUGGCACCGUCUCCAGCACCUGUGGUCAGAUCGCCAGCUACCCCUUAGCCCUGGUGCGGACCCGGAUGCAGGCACAAGCAACUAUUGAGGGUGCUCCACAGCUCACCAUGCUGGGGCUCUUCAGGCACAUCCUGUCCCGGGAAGGAGUUCUGGGCCUCUACCGUGGCAUUGCCCCCAACUUCAUGAAGGUGAUUCCUGCCGUCAGCAUCAGCUACGUUGUCUAUGAGAACAUGAAGCAGGCUCUUGGAGUGACCUCCAGAUGAAGCUGGUGCCUGCCUCACCCAAGUGUGUGGUACCUACCUCUCAAGAAGGACCACUCUGGUCAACAGUGCAUUCUGAACGCAAUAACAGAUGGGGCCAUGCCUCCUCUUCCCUGGGGCCCUGGGGGCUGUGAGAUGGAGGCUGGAGGAGUGUUGGCACAGAUGGGCUCAUGUCUUGGUCAUCUUCACAAGAGUGGAGUCCUCUGCAGGCAAGAAGCACCAAGGAGGGCUGUCCCACUUACUAGCCAUCAUAUUCUUCCCACAGAGGCUUGGGGAUGGGAAGCACCAUGGCCCUUUUGAUGUAGAUUUUCUUAGGUCUCCCACAGUUUGGAGUCUUUGAAAAUGGUCUCAUCAAACAGGCUCGCUUCUGAGUCAAGGCUCCCCACUGGCAGCCUGCUGCUCUCUGCAUGUGUGUUGCCGUCUUCUUCCCCAGCUACCAGAUGUGAUGUCUGCGGCAUGUUUUCCUGUUUUGUAUAUUCCUACAAGCUGCAUCAUGAUCAAGUGAAAAACAAACUCCAUCAACAUUUAUUACCAUUCGGGUGCUGCCAGAUCUCAAUGGAGUGCUAUCCAAUUAGCAUAGCAGAAAAAUCAGAGUCGCUCCUCAAUGAAUCGGCCAUCACCAACACUGGAGACAACCCAUUCUGGGACAAUCUGUCACAAUGGAGACAGUUCAAAUCACAGAAAUGUCACUGGUUACCAACAGGAGUCCUCCAAAAACUGUUGCCUAGACUCCAGUGGCAUGGGCAUCUGAGGAUGCAGGCAGACAGAUUUUUACUUUCCCCUGAUAUUUUCAAUUGUAAAUGUGAAUCACAUUUAAUCUAUCUUCUAUUCCUCCUCCUUUCACAUCUUACAGGGCCACUGGAGCCCCAGGUGAUUGCAUUUCAACCCAGCACUGUGUUACCUCUCCCUUACUGUGGGAAGUGUCUGUAUAUUUUGCACAUUGACUGUUUUUAACUUAUAAGACCGGUCUGUACCCUGCCUAGACUCCUGCAGAUGCCGAAGCCUGUCUUUUCCCACUUCCUUCCCUUCUCCUCUGAGGUGGAUGGUGGAGAAUGCAGCAAGACCUUACAAGGGCUACUAGCUUGUUGUUGUCCUAAGCACCUCAGUGCACUUUGCCUGGCAAAGCAUGGUCUUACCCUGAUCAAGAUUUGAGGUCUCUGGAUUUCUCUGCAAGCACACAUUUCUAUUCGCUGUGAGACCCUGCGCUGGCUGGGCCAGUUUUGCUGUUUGAGAAAUGCCAUCCUCCAAGCCCUUGAAGCCAUGCACCCUGGUCGUCUUCGCCUUGUUUGUCUUGCUGCCCUCUUUAUUUAUUAGCAAGUGGUAAUACUUUUUCCUUUCCUUCUCUCCCCCCCCCCCACCCCUUUAUUCUUCCAAGUGAUCAUGCUUUAAAAGUGAUAAGUGGCAGGAUAGUAGCUAGGCAGCUUGUGACUUCUCUCUCCCCACUCCUCCCUCCAGUAAAAAACCUGACGGCAAAAAGUUACCUAAAACACCAUCUACUGAUAUGGACAGUUUUGGGGAAGAUGAAAGUUGUCAGUCUCUACUUAAAGGAGGUAUGGCUCUCGUUGCACAGAAGGCAUAGCUCCUGCAUAUCCAUGGUUCCACAAAAUGUAACCAGAACUGUGCUAAAAAAAAAUAUUCAAAAUUCUGCACUAAGAAGAUCAGCCUGUGUAAAUGAUGCAAUUAAGCAAGUCUGCAUAUUUUAUGUGGUAAUAUUUGCUAUCUAUAUAAUUGAUUCGGCUUCUCCUGCACAUGAGGAGAUGUAUGGAAGGAAAUCAAACCUUCCACCCCCCCAGUCUUAGUGGCUGACAUCCUGACUAAAUUUACUAGAGGAAGUCCUAUUGAUAUUUAGUAGUCCUUUAGACUGCUUCCCGAGUAGUACUGUUCUGUAAAUUAUUCUGGAUGUAGGUCAAUAACUCUAUUGGCUUCUGAGAUUUCCCCUCAAGCAUUCAUUGCCCACAUGCUUUAAAAUCAUAAGGGCUAGAAAUUUGUUUUUAAAGGAAAGCUGAAAUUCUCAUGAAGCCAAAUGUAGUACCCAGUAUACACAUUCUGCACUUCAAUGGAACUGCAGAAUGCAUAUGGUCCUGAGUGUAAUCACUAGAGGGCACUAAUGCACAGAACAUCUGUAGAACAGUGUUCCCUCUCAGGCAUGCGAACACGUUUUUGUAUGUCUGCUCAGUCCAUUUUAGAUCCUGCUCAGGUUGAAUCAGGAAGGCCCCACUCUGAAUUCACAUGUGCACACACUGCCUUGAUACUGCCGCCCAGAACAAAACUCAUUCCGCCCACAGAUGAAAAAAAAAGAGUGAACACUUCUGCAGAAGCUGAGAUUCAUUUCCCAGAUUUUGAUACCUGAGGCAAAGUUGGCUUUUUCACCUGGAUUCAACCUGGAGGCACACUUAGAUCUUGUGCUAAAAAAGUGAUAGCUAUCGUUUUCAAUAUUAGCUUUCAGAAUAAUGGGCAGUCAGGCUGGCAUCAGAAAUUUGCAUUCUUGGGCUGCUAUGAAGGACCCAGGUGAUGGUGGUGAUGGAAUUACUUGCUUGGGGCCCACCCAGAUAGGCAGAGGCCCACAAAGCACAGUUUUCCAAGGGCCCCCUUAAAUCUGGAGCUGGCCUUACAGCCUUCCCCUUCCCACUGCAAGUUGCUAUUGCUUCCAGUCUUCCCAUCUGCCCUGUCCGUCCAGGCUCAAGGGUGGUCUUGUGCUUUCUGGGCUAUGGUGAUGCCUCUGGAAUUCCCCUGAACCUGUAAGGAUUCAGUGGUAGCAUGGGUUGUGUUGAGGUAUGCAGGCAGAUUUGUAUCUCUGGCCAUAUACUGAAAGAGGAGGAGCUGGGGAAGAAUCAGUGUACCCCAAGCUUCUUCACUUCUAGAGUACAGAGGAUGCAUCCAAUAUGAUGGUUUAAUUUUUUAAGGCACACGAGUAUCAGCCUCUUGUGGAACACAGGGAAUCAUUGCCAUCUGAGAAUGUCACCGUAAAGGCCUGCCUAGACCAGGGAUGUACAACUUUGGCUCUCCUGCAGAUGUUGGACUGCAACUCCCAUCACCCUUGACACUUGGUCACUGUGGCUAGGGAUGAUAGGAAUUGUAGUCCCAACAACAGCUGGAGGGCUGAAGUUGUGCAGGGACUUGCAGUUAUGCAAUCCUGAUCUAGACAAUAACUUUCCUUGAUAUGACUAAAUCAGAAAUGUGUUGGGGGAAGGGAGUCUAGAAAGAGAUGCCAAGUAGGGUGAUAGCUAUCACUUUUUUAGCACAAGAUCGAAGCGUGCCUCCAGGUUGAAUCCAGGUGAAAACUUGUAGGGCAAAGUUUUGUAGCAAGCAUGAAUUGUCCCUUUUGCAAAGCAGGAUCUGCCCUGGUUUGCUUUAGAAUGGGAGGCUACAUGUGAGCACUGUAAGAUAUUCCCCUUAGGGGAUGGGGCCGCUCUGGGAAGAGCACCUGCUUGUUUGCAUGCAGAAGGUUCCAAGUUCCCUCCCUGGCAUCUCCAAGACAGGGCCGAGAGAAACUCCUGCCUGCAAGCUUGGAAAAGCCACUGUCAGUCUGUAUAGACAAUACAGAACUAGAUGGACCAAUGGUCUGACUCAGUAUAAGGCAGCUUCCUAUGUUAGAAUGUGCCAGCAGGCCUGAUUGUGUGAUCCCCGUGACUGUCUCGCCUAGCAGUAAUUAGAUUGAAAAAGCAUUAAGGAAGUCUUCCAUCUGGACUUGCAUAGUGAGCAGAGCAAUUCUUUGCCAAGUGAUACAGAGCUUCAGUUUCUGUCAGAGGUUUGAGGAAGGUAGUGAUGUUACAAGUGUAGCCUUUUCCCUUGUAGAGAGACAAAAAGCAGUUCCUGAUGAAUAUGGUCUUUCAUCAGAUCUUUUAAAGAAAGAACUCAGUAUGUCACCCUGUCUAGAAGGCAUGGAGGAGGGAGGGAAAGAGAUGAGAAUGUAUGACUAUAUGCCUGCCUACAGUUGUUCCACCAAGUACUAGGAGUGUGCAAUCCAGCUCGACUCAAAGGGUUCGGGUCGAGCCGGGUUCAGCCCAAAUUCAAGCCAAACCAGGUCCAGUUCGGUUCAAGCUGGUUAAAAAAUUACUGGUAAGGAUUCCUCUUUACCAGUAAAGGGGGGACCAAGGGGCUUCACUAAAAUGAGUUGGGGUGGGAGAAGAGUUCAUCAUUAUUUAUUAUUUAUUAUUAUUAUUGUUAUUUAUUAAUUUGAUUUUUAUACCACCCUUACAAAAAGGGCUCGGGCAGUUUACACAGAGAAAUAAAAAAAUAAGAUGGAUCCCUGUCCCCAAAGGGCUCACAAUCUAAAAAGAAACACAAGAUAGAUACCAGCAACAGUCACUGGAGGUACUGUCCUUUUAUUAUUAUUAUUAUUAUUAUUAUUAUUAUUAUUAUUAUUAUUAUUACCUUUAAAAGUGCUUGUAGUGGCUUCGGCUGGGUUGGCCGCAGCAGUGGUGGCAGCUCCAUUCUGCCAGAGCAGACAGGACCAGUUUGGGCCCGGUUUGGGUCUCUGCGCAAGCGUGCAGGCCACUAAAAUGGCCUCCACUUUGCGCAUAUGCUACUUGCAUGACCACGCAAUUGAUAGUGAAGACAUUGAACUGGUGUAUAGUUGCUACCUCUUAGGAUCGACCAUCAACAGUAAAGGAUCCAGCAGUCAAGAAAUACGCCGCAGACUAGCACUUGGUAGGGUUGCAAUGAAGGCCUUGGAAAGGAUAUUUAGGUGACGUGUCUGCAAAGAUUAGAAUCAUUCAGAUAAUAGUUUUUCGGUGACACUAUAUGGAUGCAAAAACUGGGCUUUGAAGAAACAAGAUAGAAAAAGUAUUGACCCUUUUGAACUUUGGUGCUGGAGAAGACUUUUGAGGAUACCACGGACAGCCAGGAAAACAAACAAAUGGAUCAUAGAACAAAGCAAUCCAGAAUUUUCACUCAAGGCACAAAUGACUAGGCUCAAACUCUCAUCCUUUGGACAUAUUAUGCAAAAAGCCAGCUCCCUUGAGAAGUCAAUAAUGCUGGGAAAAUUUGAAGGAAAGAGAAGAAGAUGACCAGCAGCAAAGUGUAUAGAUUCGAUUACAACAUCAAUGAAGGCACCACUAAGAGACCUAAACGGCCAAGUUGAAGACAGAUCAUCCUGGAGAGAAUCUAUCUAUGUGGUCUCUAAGAGUCGACACUGACUUAAUGGCACUGCCUCAAUCAAGCAAUCAAUGCAUGCACAGAGGCCCAAACUGGCCCUGCCUGCUCUGGUGGUGGUGGGGAGCUGUUGCGACCACAGCCCACCCCCAUGACCAAUGCAGCUGUAGCCACUACAAGCACUUUGAAAGGUAAAAAGGCACCCCGCUCCCACCCCAACUCAUUUUUGUGAAGCUCCCUGCGCUCACCUUUACUGGUGAAGGGGAAUCCUUACUGGAUCCCCCCUUUACCAGUAAUUUCCAAGCCUGCUUGAGCUGGACCCAGUUCAAACUGGGCCCAGUUUGAGUGCGCACAGAACUAGACCCAGCUUAGCUAGAAUUCGAUUCUAGCCAAAACGGGUUUUCCAGUUUUGUGCACACAUCCACCAAGUACCCUGGCUAUCAAACACCCAAGUAACAGGGAGUGGGUAGUACCAAAAUCCAAAGGAGAAAGGAUGGUGGGGAAUCCAUGAGAUGGAAGUCAUUUAAAAACUGAGAAAGAUCUAAAGCUGCUGUUAACAGGGCCACAGCCUCUCGUUUGUUAGCUGAUUUUUGCAGAAAAUGUUAAGAUUGUUUUCAAUGGAAACUUGUAUGAUUCAAACUAAUAAUUCUUUGAUUUUAAUAGUAAAGGUGGGCAGAGGUGCAGAAAAAGGAAAAACAGGCAAGAGCUGGUUCCCAAAUGUAUGUUAUGAAAAUAAGCUGUUCCUUGAACCUGGCUAGCAACUCUGGCCUUGGGCAACUUGGCCACUCCUGCUGUCUCCUUACAACAGGCCUGCUCAACUUAGGCUCGUCGGCUGUUUUUGAACUACAGCUCCCAUAAUCCCCACUAUGGCCAGUACCAGGGAUUAUGAGAACUGCAGGCCAACAUCUUCAGGAGGGCCCAAGUUGAGCAGCCCUGCCCUACAACAUGCUACAAUGUGGAUGAAAGACAGGAUUGCCAAACCUGGAGCAUUUGCCAUAGAAAAGGCAGCAGGACUUCAUACAUACCCAUUUUCCACUUGCUAUAGUGGGAAGGACUCCCAGGUGUGCUUGCAUAGAAAAUGGAGACAGAAGGAUGGCAGUGGGGGGUGGGGGGUGGAACAGUGGGGAGGUGCCUUGCAGCUGUCUUGUCUCCCAAUUCAGCACUGCACUUUAAAGAUGAAGAUAGAAUUUCUGCUUUGCAACCUAAUGAGAAGGAUAAUUGGUACAUGAACUAAAGCAUGGUGUGGAGUCGGACAUGGGAUAAUGUGUGGAGAAUUCUGUGGAGGUAGGGGGCUGGACUAGAUGGCCUUCAGAUAUAUUCCUUUCUGUAAUUCUGCAAAAUGCCUAGAGAGCAUGAUAUCCAACCAAGGUUCCUGGUGGAUGGGUGGGUGGAUCUUUGAGCAGUGGGAAGACCUUUAGACUGUGAAGGUCAGAUGACCUCUGACCAAAAAUUGCCCACCAAGAGGUCAGAUGGCUCUGUCACUUCCACUGAUGAGAACAAGUGUGUUGAACCAUCUAGAUUCUUAGGGAGUGACUUGUUUUUAAGGAUUGUGGAAAUCCCAGCCCCACGGCUUUUGCACUCAUCCUGAGCUCCUCUUUCUUUUAACACCUUGCUUGAGUUUUACUCCAGCGAGGCUAUUUCUGCACAUUUGCUGCUGUUCUUUGUGUUGGUAUUUCAAAGGGAAAAAAACCACAAGCUAAUAAAUUUUCUAACCUUU